GCCCGGUGCGCGGUGGCCCGGCGCAGUCUGCUCCCGCAGCCUCCGAGCGAGUGCUACGGCGGAGGCGCUGCAGAGACCCAGAGCAGACGCCAGGCGGCCGCCGGCUCGCACACCGCAGCCUCGAUCCCUCCCCCAGCGCGCAGCCCGCCUUCCUCCGCGGCGCGGCCGCCGCAGGCUCACUCUCCCCUGGCUAGGCGAGCGCCGGCAGACUCUCGGCCCGGCCGGGGCGCCAGGUCCGCAACUGCAGAUCCGGAGGCCGAGGCGAGCUGCCUGCCAGAGCCGAUCCGGGAGCCACUAUCCCCGGCGCUACCGCCUCUCCUCCCGGCACUCCUUUCUCCCGGGUGAUCGCCGCCUCUUCCUGGGACUGAGACGCCCUCCGUCGGCUCCCUGCGGGUGACCGAGGCAAGAACCCCAGCCGGUUGUGUGCGGAGGCCAGUCGCCUACUGCUGCGCUGAAGCAAAAUGUCCGUCAGUGUGCACGAGAACCGCAAGUCCCGGGCCAGCAGUGGCUCCAUCAAUAUCUACCUGUUUCAUAAAUCUUCCUAUGCGGACAGUGUCCUCACUCACUUGAACCUUCUGCGCCAGCAGCGGCUCUUCACAGAUGUCCUCCUCCAUGCGGGGAACAGGACCUUCCCUUGCCACCGGGCGGUGCUGGCUGCCUGCAGCCGCUACUUUGAAGCCAUGUUCAGUGGUGGCCUGAAAGAGAGCCAGGACAGCGAAGUCAACUUCGACAACUCCAUCCACCCAGAAGUCUUAGAGCUGCUUCUCGACUAUGCGUACUCGUCCCGGGUCAUCAUCAAUGAAGAAAAUGCUGAGUCGCUCCUGGAAGCCGGCGACAUGCUGGAGUUUCAGGACAUCAGAGACGCGUGCGCGGAGUUUCUGGAAAAGAACCUGCACCCCACCAACUGCCUGGGCAUGCUGCUGCUGUCCGACGCCCACCAGUGCACCAAGCUGUAUGAACUCUCCUGGAGAAUGUGUCUCAGCAACUUCCAAACCAUCCGGAAGAACGAAGAUUUCCUCCAGCUGCCCCAGGACAUGGUCGUGCAGCUCCUGUCCAGUGAAGAGCUGGAGACAGAAGAUGAAAGGCUCGUCUAUGAGUCGGCCAUGAACUGGAUUAGCUAUGACCUGAAGAAGCGCUACUGUUACCUCCCAGAGCUGUUGCAGACCGUGAGGCUGGCCCUCCUUCCUGCCAUCUAUCUCAUGGAGAACGUGGCGAUGGAAGAACUCAUCACCAAGCAGAGGAAGAGUAAGGAGAUUGUGGAGGAGGCCAUUCGGUGCAAACUGAAAAUCUUGCAGAACGAUGGCGUGGUGACCAGCCUCUGUGCCCGCCCUCGGAAAACCGGCCAUGCCCUCUUCCUCCUGGGAGGACAGACUUUCAUGUGUGACAAACUGUACUUGGUAGACCAGAAGGCUAAAGAAAUCAUUCCCAAGGCUGACAUUCCCAGCCCCAGGAAAGAGUUCAGUGCGUGUGCAAUUGGCUGCAAAGUGUACAUUACUGGGGGGCGGGGCUCUGAAAACGGAGUCUCAAAAGAUGUCUGGGUUUAUGAUACCCUACAUGAGGAGUGGUCCAAGGCUGCCCCCAUGCUGGUGGCCAGGUUCGGUCAUGGAUCUGCUGAACUGAAGCACUGCCUGUAUGUGGUCGGUGGGCACACAGCAGCAACAGGCUGCCUCCCAGCCUCUCCCUCAGUCUCUCUAAAGCAAGUAGAACAUUAUGACCCCACGACUAACAAGUGGACCAUGGUCGCCCCACUCCGAGAAGGCGUCAGCAAUGCUGCUGUAGUGAGUGCCAAACUCAAGCUGUUUGCUUUCGGGGGUACCAGUGUAAGUCAUGACAAGCUUCCCAAAGUUCAGUGUUACGAUCAGUGUGAGAACAGGUGGACAGUACCGGCCACCUGUCCCCAGCCCUGGCGCUACACAGCAGCAGCUGUGCUGGGGAACCAGAUUUUUAUUAUGGGUGGAGAUACAGAGUUCUCUGCCUGCUCUGCUUACAAAUUCAACAGUGAGACUUACCAGUGGACCAAGGUGGGAGACGUGACAGCCAAGCGCAUGAGCUGCCACGCUGUGGCCUCCGGGAACAAGCUUUAUGUCGUCGGAGGGUACUUCGGCAUUCAGCGCUGCAAGACUUUGGACUGUUACGAUCCGACUUUAGAUGUGUGGAACAGCAUAACCACGGUCCCGUACUCACUGAUUCCUACUGCGUUCGUCAGCACCUGGAAACAUCUGCCUUCUUAACGCAGAGCAUCCUAAAGAAAGCACGCAUGAGCUCACCCCGACACACGGUGAGACGAUGUGAGGUUUCUGCUGUGGAGAAGCCAAGUUUAAUGAAGAGAAAGAAACCCAGGAGAAGUUGCUACAAGACUCCUCGAAUACCAUCGGCUGCACCUUGUGAACACUCUUUUAAGUGGACAUGAAGGA